AUGACAACAUUUUCAUAUUUCGAAUCUCCAGAAUUCCUAAUUUAUUCAUCUCAUGCUCUCGUAGCAAUCGAGAUACCAAUUCAUCUUUUCGGCGCAUACUGUAUUCUAACAAAAACACCAAACAAAAUGAAACCAGUGAAAAUGUGUAUCUCAACUCUAUUUUUCUUCGGCGCAUUUCUAGAUUUCACCCUAACCUGUCUCCUUAUCCCAUAUUUAACAGUGCCAGCUCUCGGUGGAAUUGCUUUUGGUUUAUUGCAAUAUUUUGGUGUUAGUAAUCCCAUUCAAACUUGGUUUGGUGUAACGAAUUUUGGUGUGACAGCUUGCUCAAUAUUACUGUGUUUCGAGAAUCGAUAUGAUUCACUAAUUGUCAAAAAUCACUUGAAAACUCGUAGUUAUUGUAUAAAGCGAUAUAUUUAUUUGAGCCUCAAUUUCUUGAUAGCUCUUUUAUUUUUCAUCCCCGCUGUUUAUAACACACCCGAUCAAGUUCUUGCAAAAGAAUACGUCAGAAAAAUAGUCCCAAAUAUUCCCUCCUACAUAAUCGAUGAUCCAGAAUUCUACGUUAUUGGACCAGAUACCCAAACUACGGUAAUAUGUGUAGCCGCAAUGAUAAUAUUUCAAUUUUUUCAAGAUUUAUUUUUUGUUGUCAAGUUAUUUCAUUAUUUUCUAACACAAAAUGGAAUGUCAAAACAAACUAAACAACUUCAAAAAAUGUUUUUUCUAUCAAUGGAAUUGCAAAUAUUCAUACCAGUUGGCAUAUUGCUCAUUCCAGCUUUUUAUGUUGUUUAUUCAAUUGCGAAUAAUUAUCAUAAUCAAGCACUUAACAAUAUAAUCACAUUAAUUAUUGCAAUUCAUGGUGUGAUAUCAACAAUUGUUAUGAUCGCAAUUCACAAAUCAUAUCGGAUGGUUUUAUUGAAGUUUAUCUCUCCGAAAACUUUUAAUCGUGUAGAACUUCCAAAAUUGAAAACUGUUUUAGGGACAUUUUGA